GCAACCACCAGCCCCGGGACCGCAAGGCGAGGGAGGCGUUCUCAGCCCGGCGGCCCUGCAGCUACUCCUGGGACCAAGACGAUAAGUGUCGUGUCGCGCCUGGGACGCGGUUUCACCGACCAGCCUGCGUCAUCCCAACAGUCAACGCUUGGAGCGCGUUUCCCUUUUCCACGCAGCCCAUGGCGCGGUUCCUGAGACUCUGCACUUGGCUGCUGGCUCUCGUCCCUGGGCUCCUGGCGACAGUGCAGGCAGAAUGUAGCCAGGACUGCGCGACUUGCAGCUACCGCCUGGCACGCCUGACAGACAUCAACCCCUUGGCUUGCACCCUGGAAUGUGAAGGGAAACUGCCUUCUCUCAAAACCUGGGAAGCCUGCAAAGAGCUCCUGCAGCUGUCCAAACUGGAGCUUCCUCAAGAUGGCGCCAGCGCCCUCAGGGAAAGCAGUAAGCAGGAUGAGAACCACCUACUAGCCAAAAAGUACGGAGGCUUCAUGAAAAGGUACGGAGGCUUCAUGAAGAAAAUGGAUGAGCUUUAUCCUGUGGAGCCGGAAGAUGAAGGAAAUGGAGGCGAAAUCAUUGCCAAGAGAUAUGGGGGCUUCAUGAAGAAGAAUGCGGAAGAGGAUGACACACUUGGCAAUUCCUCAGACCUGCUGAAAGAGCUUCUGGGAACCGGGGACAAUCAAGAGAACAGCCACCACCAGGAGGUCAGUGAUGAUGAGGACGUAAACAAGAGAUACGGGGGCUUCAUGCGAAGCUUAAAGAGAAGCCCCCAGCUGGAAGACGAAGCCAAAGAGCUGCAAAAACGAUAUGGUGGGUUCAUGCGAAGAGUAGGUCGCCCAGAGUGGUGGAUGGACUACCAGAAGAGGUACGGAGGCUUCCUGAAGCGCUUCGCUGACACUCUGCCCUCUGACGAAGAAGGGGAAGGUUACUCAAAAGAAGUUCCUGAAAUGGAGAAAAGAUAUGGAGGGUUUAUGAGAUUUUAAUACCUUCGCCCAGCGGUGACCCCUGGCCCCAGCACACCUUUCUCUAACCCCCAGUGAGAGACUGCUUUGUUGGUUGUGUUUUAUUGUCCUGUGUUGUUUGCAUUGUAGAAUUGAUUUUAUUGUCUAGAGAACUAACUUUACAACCUGAAAGUAUCAUUACAGGUUCUGUGUUAACUUUUGAGAGUCUUAAAUUCAGUAUUGGUCUAGGACCAUUAUUUUGUUUUCAGGCUAAUAAGAUAGUUUUUGUUCACUUGUUCUUUCUUUUUGACAAAACACCAAUAAAAACGCUUACUUGUAU